CACACACACGCACACACACACACAUUCUCUCUCUCUCACACACACACAUAUUUCCCACCCAUGAUGCAUUGCAGGAGGGGUUAAAGGUAGUGGGGCACUGGUAGUGGGCAGUCCAAGCCUCUGCUCCGUUGAGUGUGUGUGAGUGUGUGUGAGUGUGUGUGCGCUGCUCUGCCAUGGCGUGUGUGAAGUCUUCAUCACGGCGCUCCUCUUCCUCCUUCAACUGUGUGACCCACUGCAGCCAACCCUUCCUCCCGGACACACACACACCCCUACGACUCGCAGUGCCCACAGGGGUGGGGUCGAUGCAUGGUCGUCCUGCUAGUAUGGGCGGAGUCAGAACUGUGGACCACACCCACUUCCUGUCUGCUGAUGUCAGUCAGUUCGAGGCGCCAGAUGUUGUGGUUACGGCCAACAACCGCCACAUCACCAUCCACGCAGAGAAGGUAGCUGAGGAUGGGGGUGUAAGGGACUCAUUUACCCAGAAGUCUUUGCUGCCAGCUGACGUGGACCUACUGGGCAUCAGCUGCACUUUGACCCCUGAGGGCAUGCUGGUCAUCAGUGUCCCGCGCCUCACCUCCCACUCUGACCUCUGACCUUUCACCCUGAACCAGGAAGUCCAGCACCAGCACCACUGCUGAGACACACUACUACUGUCUG